CAGUUGCUAAUAUUAUUACAGCGAAAUAUUGCAUGGUGCCAUCGUCUCUGGCCUAGAUCCGCUCUUGGCAUGUCCGGUAAAGGAGCGUUUGUUUAUAUUUUCUAUGACCUGUUGUAGCGUGACAUCAGCUCACGCAGCACUUGCUCUCCAGUUUUCAGCCGUACAACACAUAGUUAUAUUCGCGCAUUCAUCUAUAGUUCGUUGCAUAGUUCGUUGCAAUUACCAUUAAGAAUGCCACCAAAAAGACGGGCCGCCUUAAAUCACCGCCUCGUAAGGAGCGGGAAAAUAGCCAGGAGGGAACCAAGUGUCCGGCAAGCGACAUCGGCUACUGGUAAGUCACGGAGAUCAGCUAGAUCUCCAUUGCACGGACCCCCCUUGCCAAGUGUACAAAUAGCUGCUAACUUGCUAGUUGAAGCAGAUGAUUCGGACAAUCCAAACGUUCUCCCGCGAUUCGAUCACGGAGACAUCGAAGAGCCCCAACAAGUGGGGUCGCCCGUUCCGUCGAUGCUAGCUAUAUCGAGCCAACUCAACAGCAUACUGGAUAUGCUAGGCAAACGGAUGGCCCAAGAUACUUCUCGGAGCUUUACUGGCAUGCGAGGGGUAAGUACCAAUGAUCUUGGGGUAACGGGGUCGGUGGUGUCAAGAAAUCCCGAUGUGUUGUCAUUUAGCAGUGCACACUCGGGCGAGCCGGGAGUUUCCCGUGACGUCACACCACGUGCAGAGUCAGGAGCGGGGUCAACCAAUCAGGGAACAGGGGAUUCCCUGACCUUCCAGGCGGAUGCUAUCAGCGCUCACGUCCGUCAAGUUGUACGGGAGAGAGUAUGGAGAGGGGAGUUUGUGGAGUUGACUACAUUGUUGCCAGGCGCACAGUCGCAUGACGAUGACGAUGCAUUUAAGAUGCAGAUGGAUUCGUCGGGUAAUCUGCGAUUCUCGCCGGCCAAGCCGGCUAACGCCAGGGCAUUAAGCAUAGGCCAAUGGACGUCAGCUUUCCACAUAUAUAUGAGCAUUUACGUGGUGAAACAUUUUUGUCAGUCCACCAUACAGGGCAUGUUGGCAUACAUGGAAACAAUCCGUAAUGCCGCAGUCCGCUCCGGGGGUUUUGGCUGGUCAAACUACGACCAGCAAUUCCGACACCGUAUGGCACGAGACCCAAUUCGGGAGUGGGGCAAGAUAGACGGUGAAUUGUGGUUGAAGCACAUGACACCGACUAUGUCCCGUGUUCAAGAAAAUAAGACUGAACGCUUUACAGUGCCUUUCAGCAGGGGUCGUGACUUUACAGUCAACGCAUGCUGGGACUACAACAGGUCAAGGUGCGCCAGGCCAGAAUGCAAGUUUAUUCAUAAAUGCUCCAAUUGUGGCGAACAACAUCCCGCCUAUUCUUGCUUUCGCGCAAAGGGGGGUCGUAGACCCUCCAAACAACUUAACUCCACACAGGCAACCCAUGCUAAAGGCUAUGGCCCCAACUCCACUCAUACUCACUAGAUUAAAGCGACAUUUGCAACUGUACAAGCAUUCUAACCAUGCCCAUGCCAUUUAUUUAUUACAAGGUUUGGAAUCAGGUUUUCAACUGGAAUAUAGUGGGGCACGCCUAAGUCGUUGGUCUGAGAAUCUACGCUCAGCCAGGGAUCCCAUUUUACAAGAGAUAGUAGCUGCCAAAUUGAAAAAGGAAGUAAAAUUAGGUAGGGUGGCAGGUCCUUUUGAAACGCCGCCCCUGCUGAACCUACAAGUUUCACCCAUCGGUCUCGUACCCAAAAAGCAAACGGGUAAGAGUCAAACCUUGCUGGGGACAGACGAUUUUCGUUUAAUACACCACCUUUCUUAUCCUCAAGGCAGAUCAAUCAACGACAGCAUAGACAGCGAAGCAUGCUCCGUGUCAUAUGCACGGUUCGACGAGGCUGUCAGUAUGGUACAGCAACUUGGUCCAAAUGCUCUACUUGCAAAAUUUGAUGUGAAAUCGGCUUUCAGGAUUAUGCCGGUACACCCUCAGGACUUUGAGUUGCUAGGCUUGUGCUUUCAAGGUAAAUACUACUUUGAUAAAUGUUUGCCGUUUGGCUGUUCCAUAUCAUGCUCAGUGUUUGAAAAAAUCAGCACCUUUUUGCAAUGGUGUGUCCAGCAAAAGUUGCCUAACGGCCAACUCAUGCAUUACCUUGAUGAUUUUCUCACAGGCGGAACUGCAGGGACGAAAGACUGUGGUGACAACCUUGAUACAUGUCUCAGUACUUUCCAGGAGCUGGGCGUACCCGUAGCACAUGAGAAGACAGUAGGUCCUGCAUCCUGCUUAACAUUCCUAGGUCUUGAAAUCGACACAGUCAGGAUGCAGGUUAGAAUACCACAGGAAAAGAUCGUAAAUAUAAACGCAAUCAUACACGAUAUGCUGGCCUCAGUGGGAACGAUUCCGCAAUGCAGCUCCAUCAGCCAAUCUGCAUCCCACACCACUUCCAGACAAUCUCUGGCAGGGCUAACAAUCGAGGCAGAGAGGCUCCUUCAGCGAUCAUUGGCGGCAAACACGUGGGCAACUUACCAGGCAGGAACCCAAGCGUUGCAAGCAUUCAGGGCAUCACAAAACCUGGGAGAUGUCUGGCCGGUUCCAAUAACUCAUCUGGUACAUUUCAUUGCUCACCUGUCAGUGUCAGGACAUGCACCGAGUACGGUAAGAACGUAUAUGGCCGGUAUCUCAACGUACCAUAGGCUACACAGCAUGGAAGACCGCACCGGCCACUUUGUUAUUACUAAAAUGAUUAUGGGGAUGCAAAAGUGUCAGGGGAGGCAGGAUCACAGAAAACCAAUAACAAUAGACCUGCUCAAAGUAAUUGUAAACAACCUGCAAUUUGUCUGCUCUUCUACCUAUGAAGUAAGAUUGUUCAAAGCAGUAUAUUGCUUGGCCUUCUUUGGUUUCUUUCGGGUGAGUGAACUCGUGCAAACCAAACUUUCGCAGCCAGGGUGCGCUUUCUUGGACCUAGAAGUCCAAGACACGACUAAGACAGUAACAGUCGCUCUAAGGCAUUCAAAAACGGACAGGCACUCACAUGGCAUAGUUGUUUCCAUUUCCGCCAUACCUGGCCACAAUCUGUGUCCAGUGGCUGCAGUUAAAGCAUACCUAACAGUUCGAUCACAGGGUCAGACUCAAGCUUUCGUACACUUUGAUAAAUCUCCCCUGACCAGGUAUCAAUUUCAGGCCGUGUUAAAAAGAGCACUGGCGCAUAGCGGCAUCUGCACAGCAGCAUACUCUUCGCAUUCCUUCAGGAUUGGCGCAGCAACGACAGCAGCCGGUAACGGAGUGAGUUCAGAUUUGAUACAGCACUUUGGUAGGUGGGGGUCAGAAUGUUAUAAAAGCUAUAUACGCAUACCUGCAAACAUUUAAAUCGCCAACCAUGCAAGAACAGUUUUCUUCCUAUUGAUUCAUGUUUUCAGUAUGGUUGAUUGGGUCCAGCUUCCUGACCCGGGCGAGAGAGCACCUACAGGACAGUGACUUCGGUAUUCCAGGGGGAUGUCUCUGGUUGGCAAGGGGCGGCAUGAGGUGGGAGGAGCUGACCGUGCUGAUAGAUGCCCAGGUCAAAGCAAUGCAGACACCACCAAAGGCGGUGGUGAUUCACCUUGGUUCGAACGACCUGGGUAAGGUAACCACGUGUCAGCUAUAUCAUGAGAUCAAGCUGGCACUCCUGAGGAUACACCUCCUCCUACCUGGUGCUGUCAUUCUGUGGUCAGACAUGCUGCCACGGAGGUACUGGCAUGUAGCCAGCCGUGCCCGGGACCUGGACGGGGCCAGGCAGAAGCUGAACAGACGAGUGGGGAACAGGGCCCGUGAGCUUGGGGGGAUACGGGUUCCCCACACAGUGUUCAACCGGCAGGAGCAGCAACUGUACCUGCGUGACGGGGUUCAUUUGUCACCGGCCGGACUUGAUCUUUUCACACAAAACAUUGGCAGCUCCCUUUCCGCAGUAUGCUUGUAGGAAACAAUUUCAGUAUAGGAUAACAUGGUGGGUGUACAUGAGCGCGAAUGGUCGUGGUUGUGGGGAAGCACCUUGGUGCUUGUGGCGGGGUGCUGGUGGACUGCAUUACAAGUUACAUUUGGCGUCUUGGGAUACAUCCCAAAUUAUAAAUUAUUUAGGAUAGGGUUACCCGCUUUACAGCAGGAACCAAUUUAUCCAUUCUGCUUUACAGCAGAUGGCUUAGUGUCCGCUUUACAGCGGAUGGUCAGCUUGGCAACAAUAGUUGCCCUCGCUCAUGGUUUGGCAAUGGUACUUGCCUGGCAGCGAUAGCUGCAUAGCAACAUGGGUUGCUUGGCAACGGUAGUUGCAGGGCAGCGGGCGCUGCAUUGGUAAGCAACAUGGGUUGCUUGGCAACGGUAGUUGCAGGGCAGCAGGCGCUGCAUUGGUAAGCAACAUGGGUUGCUUGGCAACGGUAGUUGCGGGGCAGCGGAUGCUGCAUCGGUAAGCAACAUGGGUUGCUUGGCAACUGUUGUUGCAGGGCAGCGGUUGCUGCAGUUGGGGUUGCUUAACAGGGGUUAAGCUCAUUGCCGUAGUCCACCAGUACCUCCACAUCCGCGACCAUUUCAUCCAAUUAUGUCUCUUGUCUUAAUUUAAAGCUCCGCUAUCAUGCAUGAUGGCGGAGCCUGUCAUAAUGGAGCCAUGUCCUUAUAUAAUAGCAUUUAGUGAUUAGAACUAAAUGCCUUUAUGUUAGGCUUGGCACAGUUGCUAAUAUUAUUACAGCGAAAUACCUUCAUUCCGUGCGGCUACGUGCCGUUUUGCAUGGUGCCAUCGUCUCUGGCCUAGAUCCGCUCUUGGCACGUCCGGUAAAGGAGCGUUUGUUUAUAUUUUCUAUGACCUGUUGUAGCGUGACACCAGCUCACGCAGCACUUGCUCUCCAGCUUUCAGCCGUACAACACAUAGUUAUAUUCGCGCAUUCAUCUAUAGUUCGUUGCACCCACCCACGCACCCUGUUAUCCUUAAUUCCAAGUUAUUCAAGCUUUGCAGUUGUCAAUUGGUGGAAUUUUACUGGAGCAUAAUGUUUGUAUAUAAUGAUGUUGUCAUGAAUAAAAUGUUGCGGAUGGGCGGGGUGCUGGUGGACUGCAUUACAAGUUACAUUUGGCGUCUUGGGAUACAUCCCAAAUUAUAAAUUAUUUAGGAUAGGGUUACCCGCUUUACAGCAGGAACCAAUUUAUCCAUUCUGCUUUACAGCAGAUGGCUUAGUGUCCGCUUUACAGCGGAUGGUCAGCUUGGCAACAAUAGUUGCCCUCGCUCAUGGUUUGGCAAUGGUACUUGGCGAUAGCUGCAUAGCAACAUGGGUUGCUUGGCAACGGUAGUUGCAGGGCAGCGGGCGCUGCAUUGGUAAGCAACAUGGGUUGCUUGGCAACGGUAGUUGCAGGGCAGCAGGCGCUGCAUCGGUAAGCAACAUGGGUUGCUUGGCAACUGUUGUUGCAGGGCAGCGGUUGCUGCAGUUGGGGUUGCUUAACAGGGGUUAAGCUCAUUGCCGUAGUCCACCAGUACCUCCACAUCCGCGACCAUUUCAUCCAA